AAAGGUUGUGUGGAUUGAGGAAAAUUAUGAAUUUAAUUGGUGGGUUUUAAUUUCAUUAAUAAGUCAAAUUAUAAGGACUAAUUAAUUAGACAUAGCAUUAAAUUUAGGUUGAAAUGCACCUAACUUCGGGUGAUAAUUGACAUAUAUAAAAUUAAACAUGACAAGGCUAAAUAAUUCAUCGGUUUUCAAAGUUCUUGAGUUGACACUAAUUUUGUAUCUUGAAUCAAUCAAAGAGGUCGGAGCUCAGCCCUGAUCGAACUAUUCUCCCGGCUCUGCCCCUCGGUUCGUCGCCGAACUCAACUAUUUUCGAACAACCAUCCUUCUCUUUGCAUCCACGAAUUUCAUUUACUUCCAAUAAUCUUCAAUUCCGACUCCGAUUCCGAUGGCCAGCUUUGGAGAUUUUGGUUCGAGGCAAUCUGGAAUGGCCCCCCAUGCCAUCCACAUCCAGCCCACUGCCAACAAGCUCCAAGAGCUUUGCUUGCACGACUACACAAUUCGAUUCAGCUCUGAUGAAACUAUUGCCUGUCGGAUGGCUACUUUUGAGAUACAGUUUUUUUGUAUGCUAAAGGAGUUAUCUAUCUAUCGGCUAAGAGUUCCAGGAGUGGCUGCAAUUGAACUCUCAAGGACGCCUGGAACCCACAUUGCAGCCUUCAACAAGCCACAUGCAAUUAUACUUUUUACAGAUGUUUUCGAAACUCAUCUUCUCAUUCUCGAUGACAUGCUAAAAAAUAAAAGUACUUUGACACAAGCUUUCUCUUCUAGAGGGACAAUGACAGGACAUUCAGUCGAUCAGGGAGGAAAAGAAGGGGCGCCCAAUCAGCCUGGGAGGAGAGUCUCGUUUGUGCCGAAGGUGAGAAUGAGUUCAUCUUUUGUUGCUGAAAAGAAUAAUCAAAGAAAAAUGCAAAUUUGGGGUUUCUUAAUUCUCCUAGUGUUUCAUUUAUCUUUUAGAAUUUUUCACUGCACAGAAGUUUUACAUGGGGGUUUCUCUCAUUUUGUUUGUGGGGUUUUUUUUAAGCUACUUGGAAGAGCAUGCAACUGUAGGAUGAUAGGAAAGCAAUUUUGAGGUUUUUGAGCUUUUUUUCUUCUCAUUUUCGAUGUUGUUGACAACCUAGAGUUGAGAAGAAUUGUUGGGAAGGAGUCCCUACGUUGGCUAAUUAAAGGGAUGAUCAUGUAGUCAUUUGGCCGGCUAUUAAAAGAAAAAAUUUGCAUAUGGUAGAAGUAAUCAUCCCUACCGUCGUAAAAUAAGAGCACCUGGCUCUGCCCAUUCACACAAACUCAAUUCUAUGGCCAAACAUCACAUGCCAGCAAAUAUAGUCACCAUCAUUGAUACUCAAGAUAUUUGCCCAUUCACACAAACUCAAUUCUAUGGCCAAACAUCACGUGCCAGCAAAUAUAGUCACCAUCAUUGAUACUCAAGAUAUUGUGUCUAACAUUUGCUCAUAGUGUAGAUAAGGCAGUCCCUGAAACUAAGAAAACUACGCUAUUCAAAGCAAUCUAUCUACCUAAGGUUAGUUGAGUCUAAUGCUGGGCUAGGUGAUUCAUCUAUAUCAAUGGCCGAACUUUAAUCUCUCCAUUGAUGUGAGGCCCUUUAGGCAAACCAAAAGCAAAUCCAUGAGAGUUUAUGCUCAAAGUGAACAAUAUUAUUGUGAAAGUUCGUGAUUCCUAACCUGGUCUUUUUUCUUUUAUUGUUCGCUAGUUUUUUUUUCCCUUCUUCUAGUAAUUCUUUCCUGCACUUCUUUUCAUCCAACUUCCCGUUUUCGCUCCAUUUUGGUCCAACCUUUCAUCGACAUUUAAGACCGGAAAAAAACACAUAACCAAUCUAAAAUGAAACAACAACUCUUGCAUUCAUUAUUAUAACAUGGCAAAGAAAAGGACAAUACCCCAACC